AUGCCGCGCGCGAGGAAGAGAGGAGGAGGAGGUGGCGCCGCGCCUGCGGCCUCGCAGAGCAAGAAGUUGAGCGUCGCCCCAUGCCCCUCCGACGGCGUGCAGGCGGCAGACGCCGAGCCGCAGCCGGCUACCUCGCCCGACAAAGCCGAGAACGCCCUCCCCGCGUCCUACCCCGAAGAAGAGGUGGGCGUCAGCAGCGCCGCGACCAUGGUUCCCGUCUCUGGCGCGCCUUCGAGCUGCUGCUCGCGCAGCAACACGUCCAGCAUGUGCGUGUCUCCGAGUCGAAACGUCUCCGCGUCGCCCGAGGCAGCGGCCAGCGCGGGCCCCUCCAGCCGCCACGGCGCGCCCUCCGCUGACGGCAACACCCGCGGCUCAAGCACGAAAAAACAGCCGAGUCGCCGAGACGCGACGAGUCCCGCGGCGGAGAGCGGCAGCCGCCCGAGUCGUUUCUCGUGCUCCAGUGGAUGCACGGGCGAGACGCAGGAGGAGGCGCCCGACGCCGUCGCCCCGCCUCCCUCGGCCUCUCGCCUGCUCACGUGCAACGGACGCAGCUCGCGGGAGCUCUUUGCGCUUGCGGAGACGACGCAGCCCUGCGACGCGGCUGCGGAGGGGGGAGGCGGCGACGCGCGGGCGUGGCCCCGGGCGCCCGCCUGCGCGGCGAUGCGCUGCUCUGAGCCGCAGCGCGAGGGGGGGAGUCGCAACGGCGCGCUGCUCAGCGUGCACGCGCACCACGCGCCCGAAAUCGACCGCGAGGCCGGGCAGCCAAGCCGCGGUCGAUGCGGAGGCGCCUGCGAACACGAACAUUCGCAUUGUCAUUCGCGUGCGCAAGUGCAUGCGCACGACGAGCCACGCCACGGCCAUGAGCAUCCGCUGCUGCACUCGGGGAACCAGCGCGCGAGGCAGAAGCUCGUCACGGCCUCGAUGGUGUGCUGUGUCUUCAUGGUCGUGGAACUGGUCGCUGGCAUCCUUGCCAACUCGCUCGCGCUCAUGACCGACGCCUCGCAUCUCCUCUCGGAUCUCUGCGCCUUCCUCAUCAGUUUGUUCGCCCUCUGGGUGUCGGAGUUGAAGGGGAAUCCGUCCAUGUCGUUCGGCUACCACCGCGCGGAGAUUCUCGGCGCGCUGCUCUCGGUGCUGCUGAUCUGGGCGCUGACGGCGUUCCUGAUCUACGAGGCCUGCUUCCGCGUCGUGGACCCGCCAGCAGUCGACGGCCGGCUGAUGUUUUGGACGGCGGUUGUGGGCACUGCCGCGAACCUCUUCAUGACGCACAUCCUCAAAGUGCACUCGCACGGCAUCGGGCAUGUCCACUCCCACGAGAACGAAUGCUGCAGUAGCGGCGGCGCCGGCACCGGCGCCGGCAGCCACGAGACUGCAGCGCCGCAGGCGCUGGAGGCCCUCGAAGCCGGGCAUCGCCUCGAGGCUUGUCUCACGUCCGCGCCAGCCGAAGAGGAGAUGCAGCCGCGCCCUGUACUCCUUGUCGAGCGCCCUCCGAGCGCCAGCAGCGCCGGCAGCACUGCUGGCGACGUCUACGUGCGCCUCGAGGACACGCUUGAUGACAAAGACUUCGAGAACAUGAACCUACGCGCCGCGUACAUUCACGCGCUUGGAGACCUGCUCCAAAACGUCGGAGUCAUGAUCGCCUCCGCACUCAUCUGGUGGCAGCCGACUUGGGCGAUCGCGGAUCCGAUUUGCACGUUCAUCUUCUCGAUCUUCGUGCUCUUCACCACGCUUUCGAUUCUGAAAGAGGCUUUGAACGUUCUUAUGGAGGGCACGCCGAUCGGCAUCGACGCGCGCGCGCUGCAGGAGGACUUGCUGUUGAUUCCUGGCGUCGUUGAAGUCCACGACCUGCACGUCUGGUCGCUCUCCGUCGGGCGUCCCUCGCUCGCUUGCCACCUCGUCGUCGCGAACGAAGAUGACGCGCGGAGCGUUUUGCGCAAGGCGACGAUUCUCUGUCAGCGCAAGUAUUCGAUUCUCCACACGACAGUCCAGACGGACUUUUCUGCGGACAAGAGGAGCUGCGAGACGGCGGCUCACCAGAAGUGCAGCGACCGCAUGAAAGUCUUUGACUAUUGA